GCUGGGAGACGCCAUGGCCUUGUGGUGGCGGCGCUGCUGCUUCUCCCGGGCGCCCGCGUUCGGCUCCCUCCGGAGACUGCUGGAGGCCGCCGGGCCGAGACUCGGCUGCGGGUCCCGGGCGGGCUGGGCCGUGGGGGCAGCCGAGAUGCAUUAUUUUCUGGGGAGAAGUUCAGUUUUGUCAUUUCCAAAAAUUCGUAGUAUAUUUUUGCGGUUUCAUCAUACAACAACCUCACUACCGUGCAGCUGUAGUAAAACAGUUACUGAUGAAAAAUUCAAGGAUCCUUUUAAACUUGGUCGGAAAGACUUGAAGAAUCUGUAUGAGGAUAUUAAAAAGGAAUUACUUGUAUCUACAGCAGAACUUAGAGAAAUGUGUGACUAUUACUUUGAUGGAAAAGGAAAAGCCUUUCGACCAAUGAUUGUGGUGCUAAUGGCAAGGGCGUGCAAUAUUCACCAUAAUAACUCCAGGGAGGUGCAAGCAAGCCAACGCUCUGUGGCGAUAAUUGCAGAGAUGAUCCAUACUGCUAGUCUAGUUCAUGAUGAUGUCAUUGAUGAUGCAAAUUCUCGGAGAGGAAAAAUGACUGUUAAUCAAAUCUGGGGGGAGAGAAAGGCUGUUUUAGCUGGUGAUUUUAUCCUUUCAGCAGCUUCUGUUGCUUUAGCAAGAAUUGGAAACACUACUAUUAUAUCGGUAUUAAGUCAGGUGAUUGAAGAUUUGGUGCGUGGUGAAUUCCUUCAGUUGGGCUCCAAAGAAAAUGAAAAUGAGAGAUUUGCUCACUACCUCGAGAAGACCUUUAAGAAGACUGCAAGUCUUAUCGCAAACAGUUGUAAAGCAGUUUCCAUACUAGGCUGCCCUGAUCCUGAAGUUCAUGAGAUUGCAUACCAGUAUGGAAAAAAUGUUGGCAUAGCUUUUCAGCUAAUAGAUGAUGUGCUAGAUUUUACAUCAUGUGCUGACCAGUUGGGGAAACCAGCAGCAGCGGAUCUCAAACUUGGAUUAGCCACAGGCCCUGUUUUAUUUGCUUGUCAACAGUUUCCAGAAAUGAAUGCUAUGAUCAUGAGGAGAUUCAGUUUGCCAGGUGAUGUUGAACGUGCUCAGCAAUAUGUACUUCAGAGUGAUGGUGUACAGCAAACAACCUACCUCGCCCAACGUUACUGCCAUGAAGCAAUGAAAGAGAUUAGUAAACUGCGACCAUCCCCUGAACGAGAUGCCCUCAUUCAGCUCACAGAAACUGUACUCACCCGAGACAAGUGAGACACCUUCUUCCAUUCAUACUGGCAGCUACUUACCAGACUGUGCCUACAAAAACAUCUUGGUUUGCUUCCAGUGCUGGUUACCAAAAUUUUUUAAUAUUUUCUGAAAUUAAUAUACUUUAUGAAGAUGUUCGAGGGAAGCCAUACAACUAUGAAACAGUUAAAUUCUGUCAAUAGGGGCGUUUAUGUUGGGGAAAGUAUUGUUUACACUUAAUUGAUGUAUAAGGCCACAAUGAGAAUAAAUCAGUUAAAAUUAAUGUGUUCUAAAUAUCACUUCACACUUACAGUAAUAGUUAACGUUAAGGUUUACUGCAAAAACAUGGUUUGAUUGCUUUCCCAGCUGUGCGUGAAACUUCACAAGUACCCAAAACGUUAUAUAGGAGAACGGUUUAUUAUAAAAGACUAUACAUAAACUUAACAAGUUAUAUACAAAUUAAGUGAAGACUUUCCAAUUUAUAAAGAAAAUACAGGUAAAUUAUUGGUUGCUAAUUUUUCAGAAGGUGAUAUCAACACUUAAAGCAGAAAGCAUUUGGAAGUUACAAUGAUUUUGGGGAGGAAGGAGUUCCAAUAUUUCUAAUUUUAUACUAGAAAAAAA